UAGAAUUCAAAUUACCGUUGGUCUCAAGUUGAAAUGCUUCCAACACUCUGCCUCCAUCUUCCUCCGAACCACACAGGAUCCCCAACUUCACAAAACGUCACACCCCAUCAUCAUCUUCUGCACAGCUUCACCUCCCCAUUUGAGCUCAAACAACUCCAUGCCCACCUCAUCAAAACCAACACUCCCCUCUCCACCCUCCCUCCCACCCGAAUCGCCUUCACUUGCGCUCUCACUCCCAGCUUCUCCUACGCCCAGAAACUCUUCCAACACCUCGACUACCCCGAUAUCCCUGCCUGGAAUUCCUGCCUGAAGGCCUUCGCCGAAGGCGACGAACCCAUUGAUGCAAUGCUGCUCUUCCAUCAGCUGCAUUGCUUCAAUGUGAUUCCUGACAGUUUCACUCUGUCUUUUGUUCUAAAGGCCUGUACCCGCUUGUUGGAUUUUCACACUGGUAGAGUUCUUCAUGGCUAUGUGGAGAAGCUUGGGUUUCGGUCCAAUCUGUUUUUGAUGAAUAUGAUUCUGAGUUUGUAUGCGUUGUGUGGGGAAAUUAGGGGUGCACGGCUGAUGUUUGAUAAAAUGCCGCAGAGGGAUGUUGUCACGUGGAAUAUAAUGAUGACUCUGUUGGUGAAGAGAGGUGAUAUAGAGCAAGCUUAUGAUUUGUUUUCGGGGAUGCCGGAUAGAAGCGUGAGGUCAUGGACGCUGAUGAUUUCGGGGUUUGGUCAGUGCGGUAAGCCUAAGGAGGCGGUUCGUGUGUUUUUGGAGAUGGAGGAGGCUGGUGUGAGGGCAAAUGAGGUGACUGUAGUGGCGGUUCUUGCGGCUUGUGCUGAUUUGGGUGACUUGGAUUUGGGUAGGAGAGUUCAUGAGUACUCGAGCCAAAGUGGGUUUGGAAGAAAUGUUUGGAUUUCUAACACGCUGAUCGAGAUGUAUGUCAAAUGUGGGUGUUUGGAGGAUGCUUGUAGAGUUUUUUAUGCGAUGGAAGAACGAACGGUUGUGUCGUGGUCAGCUAUGAUUUCAGGGCUGGCCAUGCAUGGACAAGCUGAGGAAGCUUUGAGACUUUUCUCUAACAUGAUUCAGAUAGGGAUGGAGCCAAAUUAUGUAACUUUUGUUGGACUCCUGCAUGCUUGUAGCCACAUGGGGUUUGUGGACAAGGGUCGUGAGUUCUUCGCCAGAAUGACUGCAGAUUAUGGUAUAGUUCCAAAAAUUGAGCAUUAUGGUUGUAUGGUUGAUCUUUUAAGCCGCGCAGGGCUCCUUCAAGAGGCUUACGAGUUUAUCAUGAACAUGCCUAUCAAACCGAACGGUGUUGUGUGGGGAGCUCUCCUUGGUGGAUGCAAAGUUCACAGAAACAUUGAACUGGCUGAAGAAGCAACAAAGCACCUUUCUGAACUGGAUCCACUGAAUGAUGGAUACUACAUUGUUUUGUCAAACAUUUAUGCAGAAGCACAACGGUGGGAAGACGUGGCGAGAGUGAGAAAACUAAUGAGGGAUCGAGGGGUGAAGAAGACACCUGGCUGGAGCUCAAUCACGGUAGAUGGAGUGCUUCAUGAGUUUGUUGCUGGGGAUGAAGCCCAUCCUCAAGCCGAGGAGAUCGACCAAAUGUGGGAGAAACUACUUGAAAGAAUGAAGAUGAAGGGUUAUGUACCCAACACUUCAGUUGUUCUACUAGACAUGGAAGAGGAUCAAAAGGAGAAAUUUCUCAAUCGCCAUAGCGAGAAAUUAGCGCUGGUUUUUGGGCUGAUCAAAACGAAACCUGGAACACCAAUUCGAAUUAUGAAGAAUCUUCGUGUUUGUGAGGACUGUCAUGCUGCUUUGAAACUUGUAUCAGAAAUUGCCGACAGAGAGAUAGUUGUGCGUGACCGAAAUCGGUUCCAUUGUUUCAAAAAAGGUUAUUGUUCCUGCAGGGAUUACUGGUAGUAGGUCGUAGAAAAGUAUAUUAUACAUUUUAGCUAACAUCAUUGUUGUCAUUUGUCAAAGAAAUUGGAAAUGUAGAAUUGUAUGCUACUCUUUUCAGUAACAAAACAUGAUUCCAACACUAGCUUCAAAUAAUGAAAAUCAAACAAUUUAUUA